AUGGCGUACACACGCACCGUCAUUAGGCUCUUCGUAUUUCUUAUUCUUCUAGCCCAUCUAGCGGAGCCUAGGUUCACCAGCUUGAUUUACAGGACGGCUAAAGAUACUAACCUGCCAGUCGGACCAUCUCUCAAACUGGAACUGGUUAAAUUUCGCCGGAAACAUCGAGUUAAGUUCGCUGUUCAGAAGACUACUAAACAUGGGCCUGUUAUAAUAUGUCUGCCCGAAGCAGCGUUUGUCCUGCGGCCCGUCGGACUAGAAAACAUCAUUAGAAGUGGUGACGUUCACCCUCUACCAGGACCCUGUUUAAUUCAAGACCAGCAAAGGACUUCUGACCGAACCCGACCAACAAUUGCGUAUUCUCCUUCGGCUUUGCGUAAUUUGGCUGCCUCUAUUAAUAGCGUCUCUUUGCGUCCUGAAUUAAAACACCGACUCCAAGACCUGGGCAUUCUACGCUUUCGGAAUACCUUCACUCAAAAACACAUGCCGAUUCCUGUGAUUUCAAGACCCUGUCAAUCCAGGAAUAUUUACAACUCAAGAUCAAGAAAUUUAAAUAAUUGUGUCUCCAUCUUUACUGGUGAUUAUGUUAAUUCUCGUAGCUGUCCUUUUGUUCCGCGAACAAUAGGAGAGGACGCACGAUCGAUUCCGGUCAGGAUCACACCUCGCAGCGCAGUGCGUGGACCCAGUAAACCAGUAAAUCGUCAACGAGCAGUGAAAGUAAUCAAUCUAACUAAGAUUACUUCUCAAAAACGCCCCAAUUACAGCUUCCCAAGUUUCUACAUGGCAAAUGCUCGAUCGGUCAGGGACAAACUGGACGAGUUGACUGCUCAGCUUUUAACGUUUCACAUGGAUAUUGCAAUUAUUACGGAGACUUGGCUGCAUGACUACAUCGAUAAUAACAUCCUUACCAUUCCAGGUUACAACAUCGCGAGACGUGACCGCCACAACCGAACAGGGGGUGGCGUGUGCGCGUUCGUGUCUUCAGAGAUACCUUUCAAGCGUAGAUCUGACUUGGAGUCUCCAGAACACGAGUGUUUGUGGCUAUGGCUACGCCCUCAUCGUCUACCACGCCCACUAUCUGGUAUUAUAUGUGGGUGGUGUAUUUUCCUGUGGCCUCUGCGCAAGUGCAGCGAGAUCGCACAAUGUACAUCAUAG